CGGUGGUGGGGGGGGGGAGUACUCACAGGAAGAGGAAAGAGAGAGAGAGGGGGUGAGAGCAAGAGCAGAAGAGAAGAGAAAAGCAGGGCCGUUGUGUAGCAUUGCAAACGAUCUCUCAGUAAACGGCAGCGUGUGAUGGUGAAAGUGCAUUCCGCUGGGCAGUAAGAAAUGAUCGCCCUGCGCAGAGUGUGGCUUGUGCUUUGGAUAUGUAUUGCAUCUCUAGAAGAACGGACGAAAGCUGGAAGAGCUGGAUGUAGAGACCUCCACUACGACCUGGUGUUUGUCCUGGACGGUUCUCCUAAUGUUGGCCCCGAGAACUUCUCCAAAGCACGUCUGUGGGUCUCCGACUUCAUCGGCGGGCUGGAGACGGGCAAGAACAAAACGCGCGUGGGGAUGGUGUGGUUUGACGACGCUCCGCACACGGCGUUUCGCCUCGGCAGCUCCUUUGGACGAGAGGGCAUCCGCAAGGCGGUGCGCAACGUCCGCUACCAGGGCGGCGCCGUGACUCCUGGCGCGACGGCCUCGGCUCGAGCCGGGGCGGCCCUCGUGUACGUCGCCAAGCACAGCUUCUCGCGGGGCCGGGCCCUAGGCUCGGCUGGCCCUCAGCGGGUGGCCGUGCUGGUGACGAGCGGCAAGAGCCGCGGCGCCGCGGCGGAGGUGGCGCGAGGCGCGCAAGCCGCGGUCGCCGCCGCCGUGCGCGUGUUCGUGGUGGGCGUCGGGGACGUGCUCAAGGAGGAGAUGGAGGCGAUGGCCAGCGACCCCGACUCCGGGCACAUCUUUCACGUCGAGGAUUUCGGUUCGCUGCAAAGGGUCACCAGCGUCCUUCGUCAGAAGCUCUGUGAAAACGUGGUGUGCCCAAGUUACCAGAUCGAGAAACAGAGAGGCUCAGGGAAGCGCAUUGACAUUCCAGGUUUCGACCUCCUGGAGAGGCUGGCUCUCCUGGAAAAUGUGGCGCAACCGACCGAGUCUGCGCAGGACGAGGAAGCCCGACUCCGCCUAAGGGGGAACCCCAUCUCCCAGCCCACUGACAAGGUUUUCCCGCAUGGUCUUCCCGAAGAAUAUACCUUCAUAGCGGUGUUUAAAGUUCAAAAGGGCUCCCAGGAAGAUAACUGGAUUCUGUGGCAAGUGGUUGAUAAAUAUGGCAUAUCACAGGUGUCCUUACGACUUGAUGGCGAGGCAAAGACUUUGGAAUUCUCUGCACUGGGCCGCCAGCGUGACCGCGUCGGAGCCGUCUUCAAAGGCCCCUUGGUGGGCCAGCUCUUUGACCAGCGCUGGCAUCGCCUGGAGCUGCACGUGGAGCCAACUCGGACCUCUCUGCACGUGGACUGCCAACCUGGCGUCACCCGGGCAACGGAGCCGAAGGAGGACAUUGCCAUAGAUGGCUUCACGCUGCUUGGGAGCUCUGUUAACAGCGAUGCGUCAGCAGAAGUUGACAUCCUUAAACUCGCCAUAUACUGCGACUCCAGGCACGCCGAACUGGAGAGCUGCUGUGACAUCCCGGGAUUUCAGUGUUACUCCGCACAGCAAGAUUCGAACUCUGCUUACCUAAUGGAUCAAGCCGAGGGAGGCUCCAAGUUUGACCUGCAACGGAAGGAAGCUAAUUGUAGCUGUCCGCAAGGACGGCACAGCUAUCGGCACGGAAGACUGCAGCAGGAUUCCGCAGAUGUCGACUUGGACAUUUCCUACGGAGACCGGAAUUACCAAGACCUCGAAGGAAUGCCUUUUCCAGAAGGCCCAUUCCGAUCCUCUAGUUGGCCUGGUUAUCAUGGCGAGGGAUUUUUAAAAGGAGAAAAGGGUGACCAAGGAGAGGCAGGUGGACCAGGCCAACCGGCUCCUCCUUUCUCAAAAGGAUCUGCCAGACCACCCAAUGUCCCUGGAGGAAGUAGAUAUCCAGUCACCAAAGGCCCACCUGCUUUUCCUGAUCUCUCUGGGGCAGGGGGUGGUCUGAAUGGGUUUCCUGGCUUGUCCGGGAAUUCUGGGCAGAGAGGCAGGAGGGGAGAAACAGGACCCCCGGGCAACGAGGGACCGAGGGGACCUCAGGGCCCCCCUGGAUUUCCUGGGCCUCCUGGUUUAGCCGGCCCGAUGGGUUUCCCAGGAGAAACUGGCAAGCCGGGCAUCCCAGGAAGUUCUGGACCACCAGGACAGCCUGGCAUGAGCGGAAGACCAGGAGAUCACGGGGUACCUGGCAUGAAGGGUGAGGCAGGUCAGCCGGGGGCGGAUGGUUUUCCUGGAAAACCUGGCUUAACGGGAGAGGCCGGCCAGACUGGGAGGAAUGGACUCCCAGGUGAGAAGGGAGAAAGGGGCACCCCUGGAAUCCCUGGAAGCCAGGGGAUCACAGGAGAGAAGGGGGAACAGGGGGCCCCUGGAUAUGCAGGACUUAAAGGAGACAAAGGGGACCGAGGAGAAAGGGGGGAUGCGGGACCGAGAGGACCUCCAGGCUACCCAGGAAUCGGAGACGGUUUAAUGGCAAGCCACAUGGACGGUGGGAUGCACGGCGUGCCAGGCCUGAGGGGAGAGAAGGGAGAUCGAGGGGAGCCAGGCGAGAGGGGAUAUGCUGGAAGAGAUGGUUCCCCUGGCAUAAUGGGCCCUGUCGGACCGAAGGGCGAACGAGGAGAAGCAGGUUCCCCGGGUCUCCCUGGAGAUAGAGGAGACAUGGGUGUGCCAGGAUCUCAGGGUCCUAUGGGGCCUCCUGGUGUGCCUGGACCUCACGGUUUCCAGGGACCACAAGGACCACAGGGACCUGCUGGACUGAAAGGAGACAAGGGGGACCGGGGUUUGGAUGGAUCCAGGGGAGACUCUGGAAGCAGAGGACCUCCUGGGCUUCCAGGAAUGCAAGGCCCCAUCGGAGAGGGGAUUCAGGGAUUGCCUGGUGAGUCAGGAAAACAAGGCCCGUCUGGUGUCCCUGGAAUGCCAGGAGAGAGAGGCCUCCCUGGACUUUUGGGGCCUCCCGGCAUGAAGGGUCCUCCUGGGAUCGGUCGCGAUGGCCAGCCGGGAUCUAGUGGCUCACCUGGUACGCAAGGACAAGAGGGACCAAGAGGCUUUCCUGGGCCACCUGGGCCACCCGGUCCUGCUGGGCAGAAUGGCUCUCCUGGGCGGGAUGGAAAACCUGGUCCUCCGGGCUCACCAGGGCCAAAUGCACCAUAUUCUACCACCACUCAACGGGAAAUUCAAGAUAUGGUCAAAGGCAUGUGCAACAAAUGCGAGCCAGGCAUGGCAGGUCAUCCUGGCAUUCCGGGUUAUCCAGGCAUGAAGGGAGACCGAGGGAUGCCUGGCCCACUGGGCCCUCCGGGACGCGACGGAUACAAGGGUGAACCAGGAGAAGCAGGUUCUCCGGGUGACCCAGGAUCCUCGGGACCAAGUGGAGCCAAAGGUGAACGUGGAAUGCCUGGGUCACCUGCUAACAAGGGUGAUCAAGGAUUGCCUGGUCAACCUGGGUACCCAGGUCCUCCAGGUCCAUCUGGCUCGUCUGGAGCUAAAGGGGAAGCAGGAAUUGUCGGACCUUCCGGAACUUCUGGUGAUAAGGGCAAAGAUGGUUUUCCAGGAGCUAGAGGACCUCCGGGGCUCCCAGGCGCUCAGGGUCCCCCUGGACUAGAGGGUGCUGAUGGCAGAAAAGGUCCUCCGGGAGAGAAGGGGCCUGCCGGUGCCCCAGGUGCUCCUGGGAAAGAUGGCAUCAAAGGAUAUCCGGGUUAUAAAGGCCACAAGGGUGAACCUGGAAUGCCAGGCCCAAUGGGACCUCCUGGAGUAAGGGGCAUCACUGGCCGAGAAGGUCCUCCAGGGACAGAUGGACGACCAGGGCCCCCUGGGCCACAGGGACCUUCAGGCACAAGAGGGGAGACGGGCCCUGUUGGUCCAUCUGGAAGUAAUGGGCCACCUGGCCCAUCUGGGGAAUCUGGUGGAAAAGGUGAAAAGGGAUCUUCAGGUGACAUUGGAUUCCCUGGUCCCAGAGGAAGACCUGGAGAACCAGGCCCUGCCGGCUUUGAUGGUCAAGCAGGAAAAGAUGGUUUACCAGGAAAGUCUGGUGAAAAGGGGUCUAAAGGAGACCAGGGUGAACAAGGCGUAGCAGGAGUAAAGGGCACAUCUGGAGAAAGGGGAUUGCCCGGACUGCCUGGGAAUUCUGGUUGGAAGGGCUUUGAGGGCAUGAGCGGACCCAGGGGACUUCCAGGAGAAAGAGGAUUCCCAGGACCAGCAGGGGCCGCAGGGACACCAGGCAGUCCUGGACCACAGGGUGAAGCUCCAUCGUUUGAUGAAAUAAAGCGAUUCAUUGUGGAUGAAAUUGCAAGGCAGCUUGACGGCCGGCUAAACCAGCUGCUGGCUCGCAUCCCCGCACCGCCCAUCGUGGCUCCAUCUCCAGGGAGACCCGGACCCCCGGGUUCCCCUGGCAAGGAUGGCAACGCUGGCCGGCCAGGACCUCCCGGCAUGCCCGGCCCUCAGGGCCCCUUUGGCAGAGAGGGGCGGCCAGGCCCUCCUGGACACAAAGGUGAACCAGGUACGAAUGGAGAAAGGGGGUCACCUGGACAGAGCAUCAUUGGAGAACCGGGCCCUGCUGGGCCACCUGGUCCAGCAGGGCCUCCAGGCUACGGAAAAAGUGGAGAGCCUGGCUCCAUGGGGCCUCAAGGCAACCCGGGGGUCCCUGGGGCGACAGGUUCUAAAGGGCCCCCUGGCCGCGACGGGCAGUGUGCCCCCCAUCAGUGCUUCCACCACGGGGGCCACGUGGACAUGGGCAUGUCUCAGAAGAACGUGAAGGGACCUUGAGCUCGGUCGAAUGGGACCACGGCAUCAUCAGCAGAGCAAGGAACAUAGGCGAAGGCCACACUUUCAGGCCAGGGGUUGAGUUAGCAGGGCACGCUGUCGACAGAUUUCAUUACAGCUUCAUAGUACCCCUUCAGUUAUCAGUUUGCAGUGUGGCGAUCAUUUUAAGUUCAGUUUCUGCUUAGAUAAUUUUGUCUCAAUAUAUAGAAAUGAUACACUUACUAUGCAUACUAUUAAAGCUGCCUUUUUACUUGGAUAAAAUAUGUAAUAAGUUCAUGUAAUUCUCUCAGUGGCUUUACAUCAGAGCAGAGAAAGAUAGGGUUUAUAGAGGAUUGCGACUUGCGCUGGAGAGAGCAUUUCUUUAUAGUUGGUGUAGGAAAAACUUAAUCAUCAUUUGGAGGCAAAAUUAAAUGUCUUUCUAAAACUAAUGUGCAUUACAUUAUUUCGCCUUAGAGUAAAUACUAUGAUGUGAGUAUGACAAAGAAUAAGGCAGACAUGAUGUUCAACAUGCAAAUACAUGUUCAAUCACUGCUCAUCUAACAUUUAUUUGGAAAAUGCUACUAAAAUAACGCACUAUAGUCUUUGACUGGAGACCUUUUUCAAAGUGAACUCAUGGUGUGCUAGCCCAGUCUUGAAGUAAAAAGAUCCAUGUUCCUGGGUGCCUGGGUCGUUUACACCAGACCACACAUUGAUUUUAGUUGUCUCUUUGUUUCCCCUGUACAGUAGUUAAGACAUCAUAUCAACUAUCUCAUGCUUAACCACUUGCACCAGAGCCUGUACAAAUAUGUAGGUCCGAAGGGAGUUUCUGUGCGGAGUUUAUUCGGGGAUGUCACCGUGUGUAGGCAAGAUUUAAGAUAUCACUUUUCAACUUGGUAUGUGUCGCUCUGCAGCCAUUCGCUAAAAGUGGCCGUUGACUUUCUGAUAGAGAUGAAGCAAGUGAAGUGGGCAGUUCAUACAAAUGGUAAUAUUGUUGGAUUAUAUUAUAACAAGAACAUUCUUUAAAAAAAAAACUUAAUUGACAUUUAUUUAAAAUCUGUACAUUUUCAUCUUAAGUAUAGAUUAACAUUUAAAAGUAAUUCUUGGUAGGGUUUACGAUAAAGACAAAUAAUGCCGUAACAGCACAUGGAACUAUUAUCGAUGGCUAUCUCUGGACGCAUUCUCGCCAUUAUUUAAGUAGGUCUGAAAAUGUGUUAUUGCGAGCUCUUAUGACUCCAUUCCAUCAUAGAACACAUCACAAUGUCACACGCUCAACAGUAUCUACAUCUGUGUCCUGAUAAGUCAAGCUCUUGAGUUGAAGGAGAGAGUGCAUUUGGUAAGUAUGGACAAAUUAACUUCACCAAAGGCGUCCCCUCAAGUGAGCAGUAGUCAUUUUGGCUUUGUUCAACAUACAUACAACACAUUCCUUUAUAUGUUUUAUAUUCAGUAUUUUUAUAUAUAUUCUGAUACUUUAACAUUUCUAGUAGACCACUUUGUAUGUUAUAGGCCUCGUAAGGGAAUGUCUGAUAAACACUUUUUUUUUUUACAAUUGUGUCCAUGGAUUAAGUUAGAAUUUAACAACGGUAGUGAUUCAAAAAGCAUUUGACUUCAUACUUAUGUUGUGGCAAUACUAUUAAGCAUUAUGUUUAAAAAAACAAGAGCAGGGAAUAAUGUAAAUAUAACAAAUAUCUACGAAAUACGUUUUAACAUGCUUGUUAAGCUCUUGAUUUUAACCCAUUUGGCAGUUGCUCACAUUAGUCGAAAUUACAUAGAUAUAAACAGCGCUUCCUAAAAUUGUCACGCUUCUUAUAUUUGAAUGGGGUUUGUUGUCAUCGUCAUCAUCGUUAUUCAAUCUUGCACAAGAGGCAGACUGAGACACCAUGGGAAGCGUUGCACCUUGAGCCCCCCAUUGUGCAACGCAUUUUCAUUCCGUGCAGAAAUACACCAAAGCAAAUUGUGCAAUUGCUGAACGAAUGGCCGCAGUGCCUUACGUACGGUGACCACCUUUACAUUGUGAAACAAUAUUAUUUCAUUCACGGUGUUAGCAUUACUUGUCCGCUUUGGUGCUUUCUAAUAUAAACUUCGAUGACAAAUGAAACGUGUGCUAACAAGUGUUGUCUUGGGUUAUAUUCUGUUUGAUCUUUGACCUACAGUUUCAGUUCUGUAGUUAAAACAACACAAUACAAAACCCCCCUAUGCUCAUAUAAUCAUGCGUUAUAAUCUGAAAUGGCGAGCAUUUAAUUGUGCUACUUUCAAGAUAUUACAUUUCUUGCUGUCCAUCGCUUUGUCUAUCAUGACUUAUUUGAUUAUUUCACGUUUUGUUUUCGUUAAGGCUUCUCUCUUUAAAUAUUGUUCUUCGCAGUUCACACACAUAUGCUUGUGAAUUGCAGUCCAAACGUUUUUGAGAACACGACACUAAAGAGUCACAACAAGCUAAUGUUGGGCUUAUUUUGAAGCCUGUUCCCGGUUCACUACUCAUGUACUCCGUGCGAGUAAGCACACAUGGCAACAAUUACCCAUCAUCAGGUAAAAUAGUGUGUUUGUUUCUGUGCAAGACGUAAAAAAAAUCCUGAACUCACUGCAUCUUGAGCUGCCCCCUUAAGCCAUGCAACGACUAGAGUAAGCACUUGGUUAAAGUGUUGGUAUAAUCGAAUUUUUCACUGAUCUAUGAUGAGAAAGUGACCGAUUGGCAGAAAAUGACACUUUUAUGCAAUUUUUUGGCGUAAAACUGACAUUCCGUUAACACAUUAACUUCAUUGAAUAUCGAUACAUUUAUUUCUACCCCUUUUUAUAUUGACGUGAAGUCACGUAACCAAAGUGUCUCUUUCAGCCUUUAAUGUCACACACUCGCGCGUUGUUCAAAUCCCAACUAAGUAUGGUAUAAAGAAAAAGGCACACAUUGUGUGAGGCUCCCUUUCUCUAUCGGAUUUCAAGUCUUGUCUGAUCCACAAUUUGCGACCGCACUUAAACCAAAUCAUCGCUUUUGAACAGGUCCAAGAUCGAAGGGAACAAAAUGUGCCACGGGAAUUUUCCCUCCAUCUGAUCACAGAAUGUUCCACUUAACGUGCCUCUUUGUGCUCGGCAUGGCUUAACCAAACACAAUGUCAAUAGGCAGGGAAGGGAAA